UGAAAUUUUUCUAGCUCAAACGUUGGUUGUGGAAGUUGGUGUGUGCUGCUAAGCUAACGCUUCGGUCCGUUUCUGAUCUAGUUUACAAAAAACAACAACAACAGAUAAAUAAAAAUGGCAGCUAGAUAUGAUCGAGCUAUAACUGUUUUCUCUCCUGACGGUCAUCUUUUUCAAGUGGAAUAUGCUCAAGAAGCGGUGAAGAAAGGCUCCACUGCUGUUGGAAUCCGGGGCAAAGACAUCGUAGUUCUGGGUGUAGAAAAGAAGUCUGUAGCCAAGUUGCAAGAGGAGAGAACGGUUCGGAAGAUCUGUGCCCUCGACGAGCAUGUGUGCAUGGCCUUUGCAGGUCUCACGGCUGAUGCAAGGAUCGUCAUUAACAGAGCAAGAGUGGAGUGCCAGAGUCACAGACUUACAGUAGAAGACCCUGUUACUGUAGAAUACAUCACACGUUACAUUGCUACGCUUAAACAGCGUUAUACACAGAGCAAUGGAAGGCGGCCAUUUGGCAUCUCAGCCCUGAUUGUGGGUUUUGACUAUGACGGGACUCCACGUCUGUAUCAGACCGAUCCUUCAGGAACGUACCACGCGUGGAAGGCAAACGCGAUCGGACGCAGCGCCAAAACUGUGCGCGAGUUUCUUGAGAAGAACUACACAGAUGAAGCCAUUGCUAGCGACAACGAUGCUAUAAAACUGGCAAUUAAAGCCUUGCUAGAGGUUGUCCAGACGGGAGGAAAGAAUAUUGAGUUGGCUGUGAUCAGGAGAAGCCAGCCUCUAAAGAUCCUAGAGUCCAAAGAGAUCGAGACACUGGUUGCCGAAAUCGAGAAGGAGAAAGAGGAGGAAGCUGAAAAGAAGAAGCAGAAGAAGUCUUCAUAAACACUCACUCAACUUCAAUACGCUAUAAUCAUUCGUUUGUUUUUCUGCUUUUUAUAUUGGCACAAGCAUUUGGUCCUCAGUUUGCCUCAUCCGGCCUCAUUUCUUAUCCACUUUUGCACCGUCUACAAUAACGUGAUUGAUUAUUUACGUAAUAAAUCCUCUUUCAUUACAGCA